GCGGGAGCAGAAAGGCGACGGUCGCGUGGUGCCUGCGCGGAAGCAGAAGGAGACCCCAGGUCCUGCCGAGCGAUCGGCCAACGCCUCAGCCGCACUGGAGAAGGCAAAGGACCUCUUCUCCAAAGGCAAGAAAAACGGCGACCAGGUCGAACAGCCUUGCCUGGCAAGUAGUGCACUGUGGACGACAAUCAUGGAGCAUGGCAUUGGUGCAAGGAGCUCCGGUUCGUGGAGCAAACUGCCUGAACGCCCUGGAGUAAAGCUCCGGGGCCAGGCGAGGUUGUUUGUUCUGUUCUUCGCAUCCGGGCUGACGAGAGGUAUCACCAUGUCUUGGACGACUCCAUGGUUCCGGGAUGACGAGAAGCCAUUCCUGCAGCGCACGGACACGAUGUCCCUGGACAUCAUCCGGCCCAAGGAUAUUCCACGUGGACAGGUCAUGUUCCCCAAGGAUUAUGACAAGUCGCUCAUCACGGAGGACAUUCAUCGGUGUCAGCCGCAUUAUGACCAUCUCAACUACCUGAACAAGCCGGACAUGAGCGUCGGUUGCACGGACCCCGUGCAUGUCGGGGGCAAGGCUCGUUCGUACUAUGCCCCUAUGGAUCGGCGCCCUCGAGAUCUGUCUCUCACGACGGCGGAUAUCGAGCUGGCGAUCCCCCGAGGGGGCAACCACAAGGGCUCCCGCCAUACGGACCCUGUGUGCCCCAGAUAUGAGAUGCCGUCCUCCUACCAGGCCCCCGUUCCUGAACCGCGGUGGAACGGCCGGCAUGCCACAGACAACUCCGACAUCGAGAAGAGCCAUCCUCGUGUUCUUCAUCCUGAUAGAAAUUACGUGCGAGACCCAAACGAGGGCCGCGACAUUGAGUACACAACUCCAAACUAUGCAGAGAAGCUGAACGCCCUCCGAGCACGGGGCCGUCCAGACUUCUCCCUCAACGUGCAGGACAUCCUGGGUACCAAGCCGGCAAGGCCCCGAUGUACGGACCCGUUGGAUCCGAGUUACAAGGUCCCAACCAGUGCGACAACUUCGCUCCACGCGAAGUACGCAGAGGAGAAGGGCCUCGGCAUAGAGCUGCCCAGCCUGCAGGUCAGGGAGGUCGGCCACGUCGAGGGCUCGAAGUCCAAGCGGCUGACUUGGGACAACGGCGAGCCGCAUCUGAGCCUCCUUCGCGAGGACAUCGCCGGUGCUUUGCCGCAGCGCUGGGUUGGAACCAUCCCUGCAAACAUCUACGACGCACCAGAGAUGAGGCCGAUGAUCACGCACCACGACCCGCAUGACAUCCCAGGAGCCCAGGUCGGCACGCUCAAGAAGGGCAUUGAGGGCAGCCGGCGCAGCGUGAACCCGCUGAACCCGCGCUACCCCAUGCUCGACGGCAACGCGCGGCCGCAGCCGCUGCCCACCUUUGAGGCGCAGAGGCAUCCCAUGCUGCGCAGCCAGCGCGGCGCCACCAGCAUGCCGAAUCUGCGGGGCUCGAGAUCGUUGAUGCCUGCUGGCAAGCGCACCUUCACCGUGCCCGAGGAAUUUGCAGAGUCUGUCGCGCUACAGCGCGAGGCGUUGGCAUCUGCCCUGCCGGAAGGAAGCCAAAGGCUUCCCGAGAUGCAGGAGCAGAGGAGCCAAGGAAGCCAAGGAAGCCAAAGGCCGUCUGCUCGGCUGGCACAGGUAGACAUGAUACAGCCGGUGCCGCCUGCCAUGAUGGCCGAACCGGGUGGGGAGGAUGCGCACAACACCAUCCGUUUCGACCUGCCAGCAAGCGAAGCCGGAGGCCUCUCCCGGCGCAGCGCCUCCAGCGGGGCCCUCCCGCGUAUCGACUGGCCUUGUAACACUGCAGGUAUCAGGAUGUAUCAGGAGAGCCUGCAGCGAAUGGCUGAACGUGUUCACAAAUCUCACCCGCGGGCAGCAGGGCUCUUGCGCAUGAUGGAUCACUUAGCUGCCUUCAGCCCGCCGGUUCGCUGGAAUAUCGCUGGCGCGAAAUCUUCGAAUUUGCGGGAGUCAUUGCAGAAGCACUUGGCGCUGAAGAAGCAAGAGGAGCUUCGCAAACACGAGGAGAAGACGGCGACGAAGCAAAAGACGCCUGCAGAGCCCCGGCCGUGGAAAGAGUCUUCUUCAGCGCAGGCGGCACCGACGCCCUCGGCUCCGUCCAGGCCCCUGCCAGGCAGCGGGAGUGCUUGGGAGUCUGCCGCGCUGCGGCUCAAAGCCACGGGCACGACGGAGAAGGACAAGACGGAUUUGAAGAAUUUCGUUUCGGAUCUCCAGUUGAAUGAUGAGCAGGUGGAGCUCGGCCUUCAGUUCCUGGAGAGGUCGAAGCUGCGCAGCCUCCUCGCCCAAAAGGACCGGGUGCUAAAGUCGUGCCAGGAUCCGGCGGCGAGGAUUGAAACCGUCAGAAAGAUGAUAGCAGCGGUGACGACCUCCAAGCUGUGUACUUUUCUGAAAAGCACCGGCAUGCUGCCCAUCGGUGCUCCACCGCCGCGCGCGACGCGGACCUGGGUCAAGCGCUGGCAGGCGGGGAUUGGCGGGGACGGCGAGGAUCGCUGCAUGCGCUGCCUGGCUCCCGCUUGGCUGCAGGACUCCGUGUGGCCGCGAAGGCGGCCACGCGGGCAGGCAGCCACCUGGCGACGCUGGACACCCAGAGUUCCGCAGCUGCUGAGGAGAUGA